AUGCCUCGCAACAAGUCGUCCUCAACACUGAACUCUGUCUUUGGAGGAAAGUCUCCGCCGCCUCCUGCCACAUCUCCUCCGCUUCCUUCUCUUCCUUCCGUCUCGGGCUCCAAUACGAACCUCGCUGCCAUGAAUGGCAGCAAGACCCCUCCACUUGGCUCCCGACCAGCGCCCUCAAAUAACAACAGCAGUCGCUACAGCAUUGCUGGUUCGAUCAAUGGCUCACCGAAACCCACCCAAUAUACAUCUCCGCUUGCACCUCGCGUUCUGUCGGCAUCCGAGGGUUCCUGGGUCCACCAAAAAGUCCUUCUCAUAUACGGCCAGGUCGGUGACCCAUCACAGCCCUUAGACGGUGACAUUGUCGUCUGUUCGCAUCAAGACUGUUUCCCUCCUAUGACUUGGCCCGUCAGCGACUCGCAUUUUAAGGCACUCGUAUACCUGCAACCCGGACCCAACCGGCUCCGCCUCGACUUUAUCCCUCGUCAGCGUAGACCUUCGCAAAACCAGCUCAAUGGCCAGCCCGCCCAUUCUUCCUACUUCCAAAUCAAUUACCUCCCCAUGAACACCUCACCACCUCUCCACCUGGCCAUUCUGGUUGCAAAAGAUUCACCGAGAACAUUCGAUGCGGUCCCUGAGCGUAUCAAAACCGAGGGCAAUGGCCUAGAAACAGCGGUGCGCAAAUUCCGUAUGGCUGCUUAUCUGUGGCAAGCCUUUACAGGCGAGCAGAUGAACCGUCAUGGUUUCGGCCGUCGCUGCUUCCGCUAUGAGGAGGAAUGGCAACAGGGUACCUUGACCGGCCGUGAUCUUGCAACUGGGCAAAUGCGUAACGAGGCCAAGAUUCACAUCAUUACCCUGGAUAAGACUGUUGCCGAGAUUCAAGAUCUCAACAUCGCACAACAGUACGAGCCGGCGAAACAAAAAGGCGAUCUGUUUUCUUUCGCCAUGGACGCUGUCAAAAAUCACUUCAAACCUCGACCGGGCCAGAAAGAGUAUGUCUCGUGCAUGUUCUUGGAUACACAUUGGGAUCCUAAGGUCGGAACGGUGAGAGGUCACGCUGCUCUUGGAGGCGGCGACGAACAGAUCAAACUUGCAAUUUUCGGUUCUCAUUCCCUGCAAUCUUAUCCCGCGCACCUUGAAGAAGUUGUACCCGCGUUCACUGAUUGCACGAAGACUGACACGAAAUACGUCGCAAAUGAUUGCAACGAAAGCGGGAGCAACUGGGAAGCUGCCAACAUCGGAAUCGGUGCUCACAUGCACGAAACCGGCCACUUGUUUGGCUGCCCUCACCAGGAAUCUGGCGUCAUGCUUCGUGACUAUGUUCGUCUGAACCGCACUUUCACCACCAGAGAACCUUACUCAACUCGCACUGAAUCACAAGGCAUGCGUCUCUGUCUCCAGCAGGAUGAAUGUGCAUGGCACAGGCUGGAUGCCUUGAGAUUCAGACUACACCCCUGUUUCGCACUGCCUACUGAUAUGAGCGUUCCUCCGGAAGAUAGCAUUCAAGUAUGGGCUGUUGACAAGGGAGCUGCUCUGGUCACUGCAAGCACGGGCAUAGCAUUCAUCGAGAUCUACACCGAGGGCGAUGACCUUUGCCGUCACUGGAUCGAAUAUCUAGAUCCUAGCAAUGGCUCGGUUGCACCUCGCCAAAUCACGUUGACAGAAGCAGAUCUAAGAACCAGAGUAGGAGAGGCUAACAAGAACAAGAAGCUGAAGAUCAAGAUCUUCUCUCUUGGCCAGGGCGAUCAUGAAGUUGCUGAUUUUGCUCAGCACGUGAGCAAGGAUUCUAAGUUGAAGCUUCCGGACAGCAGAGUUGGCUUCAGAGGUUCAAAGGUCGGAUUUUCGCAAAUGGAUGGAACUCAGCCUCAAGAAGUGCUUCUGCGUUCAUCACACGAGAAACGCAAGCUCUUAGUCGCGAUUAAAGUUUACCACGGGUUUGCACUUGACGGUCUCGAAUUCGUGUAUGAGGACGGAGAGAGUCAACUGUUCGGAAAAAGAGGCGGCAAGGCAGGCGGUGAUGAGUUCACCUUCAACGCAAGAUUCGGCGAAACAUUGCUGGGCUUUAAUCUGAGAGCUGGUCUCUGGAUUGACGGUAUCCAGAUCCUGACCAGCGGCGGUCGCCGUAGCGAGUGGUAUGGCAACAAAGAUGGUGGUAGCGGGUGCAGUCUGAUUCCUCCCAGAGGGUACAGCAUUGCUGGUGUGUACGGCACAUGUGGACAGUGGCUUGAUGGUUUCGGUCUGAUCAUCACUCGCUGA